AUGUUGCAGAAGGAAAAAUGUUUACGAAGUGAAGAGGAGUUCAGAAGGGACCAAGGUCAACUAGAUCAAACUAAAACUGUAGGUAAGUGUUUUCAGAGGGUGGAUGAAGAAACAAGAAACGUUGUCCUAGAAAAUUUCAACAAAAUAGGCGACAAAAAUUUGCAAAAUACCUAUUUAAGAGGGUUGAUUCAAACUGCUGCCAUUCAAAGAACUCGAAAAAAAAUUGAUCAAAGACAAUUAGAUAUUACCAGUGGUUUCGACUGGAUAUCAAAACUAAUUGGAGUAUUUGCCAAUGCAUUUUAUUGCUUGGAAACAUGUUGGUGGAACUUGAUAGAAGAGCGUUUCUGCUUCGACGAGAGUAUAGCCAACUACGAAGAACCAAUUAUAAAAGAAGAAAAAAAUAAUAACUUCUGCGACAAUAUGGCGUUUUACGAUAGUGUGUCUGUGAUAGCCGGAAGAGCAGUUGUCACAAUAGACCUUCCAGAAAAACACGACAAAACUCCAAUUAUUGUUCAGCCCAGGAGACGACAUACGUUAGUAAAGAAAAGUAAGAGUCAGUCUUCGAUUAAUAAUAUUCCUGAGGUUGUGUUGGAUUUGGAUAGUGAUAAGAGAUAUGAAUCUCUUGGUCAUGAAGCAGAAAGAGACGAAAAAACCGUAAGUUUCGGGGACAUCUCAAAAGAAAAACUGAACCAAGAAUACAACCUUGCUCACACUUCAGCCAUAUCAGAAACUACAUUCCUAGCACUUCCAACCAACGUAGAACUCAGAAAAAAAUCUCUCAGUGAAAGGAGACAAUUUCGAAGUCUCCACAUCAAAAUCGAUUCGCCCAAAGAAAUUCCAAUAAUUCGACAAAGUUCAGUUCCUAAAUUCUUCCUAGAUACCCCAGAAAUGAACCAGACCGAAUCUUCAUUGGUGAAAACUCCUUUGGCAUCUUUGCAGAGCCCAAUGAUCUGUAAAGAUGGUUUUUGCUACGAUCUGAAGUCGGUGGUACAAAUUGAAAAAAUGAACUUUUCUGAAAAAGACAAGAAAAAUGUGCCGCUGGUUCAUAAAGAUUCUUCUGCUUAUAGGCUAGGAAAUAUUAGAGAUAGGAUAUUGUUAAAGAAGAGUAAAAGUAGUGUUAGUUCAACCAAUUUACCACAUAGUAAUUAUAUUUGA